CACGGAGCGGCUCUUCAGAAUGCAGAGGAUACCGCCGCGUGUCCCCUGAGCACGGCGCCUCCAGUGCGCCUGCCACUCAUCCGGGGGUCGGCCCUUUCUCUUCCCAGCAGGUCGCUGCUGCUGUUUUGCCCGCGGGGAUAGGAUGUGGUGAGAGGAUGGGGCCUCUGCCUGCCCAGGCUCACAAUGGCCAGAGAAGAUUCGGUGAAGUGCCUGCGCUGCCUGCUCUACGCCCUCAAUCUGCUCUUUUGGUUAAUGUCCAUCAGUGUGCUGGCGGUGUCUGCGUGGAUGAGGGACUACCUGAAUAAUGUUCUGACCUUAACUGCGGACACAAGGGUGGAGGAGGCCGUCAUCCUGACUUACUUCCCCGUGGUGCAUCCCAUCAUGAUAGCCGUUUGCUGUUUCCUGAUCAUUGUGGGCAUGCUAGGGUACUGUGGCACCGUGAAAAGAAACCUGUUGCUUCUUGCUUGGUACUUUGGAAGUUUGCUCGUCAUUUUCUGUGUGGAACUGGCUUGUGGUGUUUGGACCUAUGAGCAGGAAAUUAUGGUUCCCGUGCAGUGGUCAGAUAUGGUCACUUUGAAAGCAAGAAUGACAAAUUAUGGUGUACCUAGAUACCGAUGGCUGACCCAUGCUUGGAACUUUUUUCAGAGAGAGUUCAAGUGCUGUGGAGUCGUGUAUUUCACCGAUUGGUUGGAAAUGACAGAGAUGGACUGGCCUCCAGAUUCCUGCUGUGUCAGGGAGUUCCCAGGAUGUUCCAAACAAGCCCACCAGGAAGAUCUCAGUGACCUGUAUCAGGAGGGUUGUGGGAAGAAAAUGUACUCCUUUCUGAGAGGAACCAGACAGCUGCAGGUGCUAAGGUUUCUGGGAAUCUCCAUUGGUGUCACGCAGAUCCUGGCCAUGAUCCUCACCAUUACUCUGCUCUGGGCCCUGUACUAUGAUAGAAGGGAGCCUGGGACGGAGCAGAUGAUGUCCUUGAAGAAUGACACCUCCCAGCACUUGGCGUGUCACUCGGUGGAGCUGUUAAAACCCAGCCUGUCCAGGAUAUUUGAACACACGUCCAUGGGGAACAGCUUCAACGCACACUUUGAGAUGGAGGAGUUGUAGAGAACGCCAAGGAAGGAGCCCAUGCGAUUGUUUCGUUGGACUCGCGAAUUUUCAAGCAUGCCCUACGGUGCUUCAGAAAGGUGUAGGGAUGGAAAUGUUGACAUGAAAGAGUGAUCAGGCAUGUAGUUGUCUGCCCUUGAAGUGAAGGAGGGAGACGUUUCAUAUGAUAGGUCACCAGCCUGGAGCACAGUACCCUGGAGUAGCUUUUAUGAUGCCGAGGAAAGAUCCAGUACUCACCGCAUAGCCUUUGUAAGACUUCUGUUCCUGAACACAGUGAUAGCUGGAUGUGGCGUGACUCGGCCGGUGUUUGUGCAUAUGUGAAAGCGGGCCCUGCUGCCUGGUGGGACCGGAGCUACCGCAAAGUGAUUUACUUCCAGCAGCUCGUUGGUCUGUAAAGUACCAAUUCAUUGCUGACACAGGAAGUUGGACAUUACUGAUGACUCAUAUUAUUUGGUGAUAGUCUUUGGCCGGUGAGUUCUGUAUAUCUAAGAAUUGGCAACUACCUAACCGUGAUUUGUUUUUUCCUGGUUACUACGUAUUCAUACCACUUAAAAGAGAUACUAACACUGUCUUAAGCAGAUCAGGGAUCUUUGUGUAUAUGAGUCUAUGUGAAGACAUAUCAUUCAAGAGAUUUCAUUACUAAUAAAUAUUACGAAUAACAAUUGGGGAAAGCAUACUUUUGUCCUGUAUAACACGUUUUUUGCCUUUCCUCUUAAAAGAGCUGUAAAAAUCUGUCUUGGAUGUACACUGCAUAGGUAACUGGUAGUUUAAAUACUUAACCACUGAUUUUGAAAAAUAAUGGCGUGACAAGUAGGGAAACAGUGAGCAGUGUGCUAAUUUAUCAGCGUGAUAAAUGAUUGUUCACAACAGAGCAUGGUCUCCAGGAAGUCGGAAAGAAGCCCUUUACAUGUUGCUUCAUUCUGGAUCGACUGCAGUGCUGCUGUUUGCUUCUCUUUAAGACGGAGGCCCUUUAGGACACGACAUGUUUCUUAAAGGAAGUGACCUUUGCCUUUCCACCCAAGGAGAGGCUCCCAGCCGGAAUUUAAUUCUGCAGAGCGCAGUAUUCCUGUUCCUAGCAAGAAGCUUGGAGAAUCCUUCAAAUCCACGACCCUUUAGCUAGCGAUUGUUUUUGCUUUAUUUCACUGAUUUAGCUACCGCCUGAGUGAUGCAGAUGAUUAAAUUUUUUACAAGAGUAAAAUAUAUUUAUUUGAAAUGGGAAGAGUGCAUUUUACUGUAUUUUGCAUACUAUGUGUAUUUGUCAGGUGAUGGAAAGAAAAUACAAGUGUCAAUAAAUAUUUUCUAGAGAGUAA